AUGGGUUGGUUUUGGGCAGAUGGUCCUGUCACCAGCACACAGUCGCAGCCUCUAUCGCAUCACACCUUUCCGAUCUCCCAAGAUGGAGCACGCUCACCACCUCCAGGAUGUCCAAUGCACAAGCACGAAAAGAGUGCCAAUGCGAUGACGCCUCCGCCUCCUGCUUCAAGCUGCCCCGUGAAGCACGCUUCUCCCCCAUUGACCGAGUCUCCAUCAUCAUGUCCCGUACCACACGAAGCGAGGAAAGCGGCCACAGAACCCGAGCAGCGGUCGACCCUCUCGAAGCUGAACCCCCUGAACUACAUGUUCAGCGACCUAUCGCAAGCGCGUGCGCCGGACCAGACCCAAGCCCUUCCCACGUCGCGGGAGCCGUCCACCAUUCCCCGAGGCGACGGAGAUGGCAACUGGGAGUACCCCUCGCCUCAACAGAUGUACAAUGCGCUGCUGCGCAAGGGCUACGAUGACACCGACGUCACGGCCGUCGAGAGCAUGGUCAGCGUGCACAAUUUCCUGAACGAGGGCGCCUGGGCCGAGAUCAUGGAGUGGGAAAAGCGAUUCGCCGGUGGUCUGUACAAGGGCUGGCGCAAGUGCAGUCGAGGCGAGCAAAACUUCGAUACCAUGGUUCGGAAGUACGGCUAUAAGAAGGAGCUGGACGAUCUGAGUCCCAGUCUGGUACGGUUCCAGGGAAGACCGCAGGAAAUGACGCCGAAAGCGGCUAUGGUCCAGGUCAUGGGAUGGAUAUACCCGGGAGCAUUUGCCACCGAACCCCCUUUCGAUCGACACGACUGGUACGUCACGCGCGAAACCGAUGGGCAGAAGAAGGAGGUCCGCUACAUCAUCGACUACUACUCCGGAGAACCUGAACCGUCCGGCGAGCCCGUCUUCUACCUCGAUGUACGACCAGCUCUAACGCCAACAGCGGCAAUCGAACGUACCAUGCGAUGGGGAUGCGACGUCUGGUGGAGAGCCUCGGGAGGUGAUGCGCGCGAAAUGGCAAAGCAGACCAAGGCGAAGUAG